AUGGAACCUUUCUCCUUUAAUCCUUCCGGGUUUGUUAACCUUUUAGCUUCGCAGAGGAGUCUACCAAUAGACGUUGACUCUGCUGAGGCAGCUGGUAUCUCUCCCGGGAUAGUGAAACCAUUGGAAAGGAGAAAGUGGGUACGCAAAGAAGACCUCGUUCUCAUCAGCGCUUGGUUGAACACGAGCAAAGAUCCGAUAGUUAGUAAUGAGCAGAAGGCAGGAGCGUUUUGGAAGAGAAUUGAAGAGUACUUCAACUCAAGCCCUCAGCUCAUUGGCGCCGUUCCUAGAGAAUGGAGUCAAUGUAAGCAGAGGUGGGGAAGGGUAAAUGAGCAGGUGUGCAAGUUUGUGGGAUGCCACGAAGCGGCUUUGAAGGAGCAAGCCAGUGGCCAAAAUGAGAAUGAUGUCAUGAAGGCUGCCCAUGACAUCUUCUUAGAUGACUAUGGUGCCAAGUUCACACUUGAGCAUUGCUGGAGGGAGCUCAGGUUUGAUCAGAAAUGGCGAUCUUUCUCCUGCUCCAAAGAUGGUGGGAAGGAGAAACGGAAGGAAGCAUGUCCGGAGGUGGUGGCUGACGAUGAAGAGGUUAGGCCUCCGAGUGUAAAAGCGGCGAAACGCAAGAAGCACGGGAAUGAACACGCUUAUGAUCAAGAUCAGAGUAUGCUAGCUAUGAAAAAUAGCAUUUCCAAACAGAAGAUACUUGAGCGUCUCCUAGGCAAGAAUGAAGACACACUUUCUGAUGAAGAAGUGACAGGGAGUGCAGGUGACGGUUUGGAGGUCACGGGUGUUGGAGCUCACGGGUGUUGGAUGUUUGCUGGCUGUUUGUUUCACGGGUAG